AUGAACUCAACGAGCCUUAACAAACCACCUGGAAGAAAACCAGAGUUCGACAUUUCGGAACUUCAUCCGGUUAGUAGUGGCCAAGAGGUUGCUACUCCGAUGCCUCAUCAGCAAGAUCGAGAAGACCAAACUCCGCCAAGGAGACGAACACAUACUGAAGCCCAGCUCGUGGCUCGUCAAUACCUACCGAAGGACUUACCUCCCUUCACGGGUAGCCCAGAAGAAUGGCCCGUGUUUUAUAGUAGCUACGAGAUCGGAAAUAAGGAAUGUGGAUUUUCCAAUGUGGAAAAUCUCCUUCGGUUACAACGCAGCUUAAGUGGUGAUGCUUUAGAAGCAGUACGAAGCAGUCUUCUAGUACCGGACAUGGUUCCACAUUUGAUGGAAACUCUGCGCAUGCUUUACGGCAGACCGGAAACGCUGAUCAGCUCUCUUCUGGUCAAAAUACGGAACACUCCAGCCCCAAGGGAGGGUAAGUUGGAAACGGUAAUUUCCUACGGGUUGGCGAUUCAAAAUUAUUGCAGUCACCUAGUGGCAGCAGGACUUGAAGCACAUCUGUCGAAUCAAACAUUGCUUCAAGAGUUUGUCGAGAAGCUUCCAUCAGACAUCAAGUAUAAGUGGGCAGAAUAUAUUGAAGCAGCUCCGGUAGUCGACCUGGGGUUGUUUGGAAAGUUCAUUUCCGGAGUAAUUCGCAAAGCAAGUGCAGUCACCGUCUACACAGCACCAGGAACUAACUAUAAGUCUUCGAAAGCAGAAGAAAAUAGGUCGCGAGGAGCUGGAGCAAAACCAAAGAAUUGUGCUCAUCAUAGCGACUACCGGUCAGGAGAAGGACCAAGUGAAGUUACAAUGACACAGCGCAGCGGAAGGGUUUGCUCGGUCUGCAAUGAAGGAAAUCACUGGGCAGAUAAGUGCGAUAAGUUUAACAAUAUUUCGGUUGACGAACGCUUGAAGAUGGUUCGCAUCUAUGGCUUGUGUAGAAGCUGUUUAAAGGCUCAUUCUCCGUGGCCAUGCCGCCGUCCAAAGGAAUGCACAUACGAAGGAUGCCGCAUACGUCAUCACCCUUUACUCCACUUUCCCUCGCCUCAAAGUCCACAAAGUCAACCAUCUCUCCCGCCUCCAAGUCCACAAAACCACCACAGGGUUAACUGUUCUGUUAUCUAUCGCAUUCUUCCAGUUACCAUAUACAAUCAAUCUAAAUCAGUUGAUACCUUUGCUCUGUUCGACGAAGCUUCGGAAGUGACGAUGAUAGAGACAAGUCUGGCGCAGAAACUGGAGUUGAAAGGCUUUCCAGACCCUUUACAUCUGAAGUGGACUGGAAAUGUAACCCGUGUUGAAGACAAUUCCCAGACAGUUCAAGUGGGAAUAUCGGAGAAGGGGAAAGGCAUGAAGUACGUCCUGAAGAAUGCACGAACCGUCGAUGCCUUGGAGCUUCCCGUCCAAUCGAUUGAUACAAAAAAACUGGUCGCAAACUACCAACAUCUAAAGGGGUUGCCUAUUCAAGAUUAUAGCUUUGCCCGACCACAGAUCUUGAUUGGGCUCGAAAAUGUUCAUUUAGCAACUCCACUCAAGGUGCGUGAAGGGUUUCAGGGCCACCCCAUCGCAACGAAAACACGGCUAGGGUGGUGCUUAUACGGAGGUGUUGUUGAUUCUAUCGAAAAGAGAUCCCAUCAUGUACUACAUAGUUGUUCUAUCAAAGAAGACCGUUUUCUUCAUGAUUUGGUGAAAGAUUACAUCAUGGUAGAUAACUUGGGGGUAGUAGGAAAUAUACCAACACUAGAGUCCCGAGAGGAUAAACAAGCCCGUGAAAUUUUAGAAUCUACAAGUCGACGUAUCCCCGGAGGAUUCGAAACCGGGUUGUUGUGGAAGAACGCGAAUGCUGCCUUCCCUGAUGGUUUUCCAAUGGCGGUCAAGCGUCUUCAAUGUUUUGAGAAAAGGAUCUAUAAAAAUCCUGAACUUGUACGCAAAGUGAAGGCACAAAUCGAAGAUUACUUGGUGAAAGGCUACGCCCACAAAACAACGGCUUCAGAAAUCGAGUCGGCAAACCCCAACAAAACUUGGUACUUGCCCCUAGGGUGUGUUUCAAAUCCCAAAAAACCUGAAAAGCUAAGAUUAAUUUGGGAUGCAUCAGCCCAAGUAAAAGACGUCUCAUUCAACUCGAUGAUACUUAAGGGACCGGACCUCCUAACACCACUACCGUCCGUUCUUUACAGGUUUCGAGCCAGAAGAAUCGCUAUAUGUGGCGACGUGAAAGAGAUGUUUCACCAAAUCAAAAUACGAAAAGAAGAUAGAUCAGCACAACGUUUCCUCUGGAGAGACAACCCCUCAGAUCCACCUUGCAUCUACACAAUGGACGUGGCAACGUUUGGGUCAGCCUGCUCGCCAUGCUCGGCUCAGUUUAUUAAAAACCUCAACGCCGAAGAAUUUAAACACCUGUUCCCAAUGGCUACUGAAGCUAUUAUUCAUGGAACCUACGUGGACGACUUCCUAGAUAGCAGAAAUACUGAAGAAGAAAUCAUCCGGCUGGUUUAA